GUUAUAAAGUUACACCAUCGGUUGGCCGGCUGAAGUGUGUUAGGUCCAGCCAUAUACUAGGUUUUGACCUAGUCUUGUUUAAAAUUGGAAAGCUCUCCAUUAGGCAAUCAUUGGUAGCAAAGUUCACUUUGUUUUAUAAGCCAUGCUACAUGUGUUUGCGCAUGCAGGAAUGUAACGUGGGAAGUAAAUUUGUGUUACUCAUAUUGUCACAUUCUGGAUGAUUUCCCUGCCCAGGCUUCCCUUGGUUGUUCAAUUAGAAAUUCAGCAGUCUGCAUUUUGCAAGUCUGCAUGUUUGAAUGGCCGGUUUGUAUUUACAGAAAUACUGAAGUUGCGCAAAUAUGCCGCUUCCAGUUUGCCCCUCUUUCUGUGUUUUCAUGUUUUCAUAUUGUACAUUUGAAAAAAAGUAUAUCGUGCACCUUUUUACGGACCUGUUGAAUUUCACUAAAAGCACAGUUCUAGACAUGUAUUUAUGGACUGAAUUUUAGACAUUUGGAAAAUAGCAACCAAUAAGCUGUUUUGCUUCUACACCUGUUUGAAAAAUUGUCAUACAGUUGAUGUACAGGAAUAGAGUUUUAUUGAGUAGGGCUGUACAUUGUAUUGCAAGCAUUUUGUGUAUUUUCACUAAUGCUCCCCUUAAAUACAUGUCCAUUGGAGUUUUUUUCCAUUAGAUCACUGUCCAAUGUUGUGCGUUAGAGACACAAGACUGCUUCAAAACCCCAUUUUAUCAUAAAGAGGAACUUCCAAAACUUAUUGCAUAAUCUGUACCAUGCCAGUUUGUCAUGUAGCUCUGUUAUCUCUGAUUCUGAGCUUACGCUUGACCGUUUCUCAUCUGUGUUAGUCUCCCUGACAAACAAACAUGCACCAUGAGAAGACUUGGUGUUAAAAAUAGGAAUAAUCCCUGGUUUGCUCUGUUUCUUGACUUGCUACUUUGUUAAGUGUCUUUGUGACAGGUCUCUGUACAAAGCACUAUACAAAUAAAAUUUAAUUGAACCGAAUAGAGUUUAUGUCUGAGCUCACUGACUAGAUUCAGCUGAGAAAUGAAGCUACCGGUGAAGCCAGAUGCUGUUGGACCAGCUAGCCUUCAGACGGUUUGGAAAUUAAGUGCUCUACCUCCAUAAGGAACGCAAAAUCUAAAUAUUACUUCAGUUCUCUUGCUGUUUCUCAUGCUAAUCCAGAAAAGUUCUGGAAAAUAGUUAACUAAGCACAAAGGCCAUAACUCACUGCUUAGUCAAAUCAGGCUAAAUUCUGAAGUAGCUGAUUCCUUUAACCAGCAUUUUGUUGCAGUGAACCAUCAUUUUGAGAGGGAAUCCAGAAUUAAUGUUGACAUUUCAGAUUUGUCUGAGCCUACAUCGAGAAGGAAACCCAUGAUUCUCUAAGUGCUGCUCCUAAUACAAGGAACAGCAUUGCCGAUUUUUCUUUUUCUCCAUUCACUUUGUGUGAGGCACUUAACCCAUAUUUUAUUAGGCUUUCUGCUGCUCUGAUUGCAGUGCCCCUAACUCAUAUUUUUAAUCUCACUAUUCUCUCAGGUGUUAUCCCUCUAGAUUCUCUUGUCAUUGAGCAUUCUAUUUUAUUCUAUUUAUUUAUUUAAAUUAUUUUUAGCUAAUUUUUUUUUUUUAAUCUCUUGGAACCUUUAGCUUUUGUCUGUUAAGUUGGAGUUUUUUUUUCAUCAGGGAUCCAUUGAAAAAGAGACCUAGUGUCUCAAUGUGUACUGUAUAAAUAAAGUUUCGAAAUUUCGAUCUUGUGAAAGGAGGCAGGUUUCGCCACACCUGGGUUUGGGAUGAGGUUGUGGAGAAACUGAAUACAAUCUAAAAUGGAGGUGGAGAAAUUGCUAGAAACAGUUUUACACAAGAGGAGCCGUGGUGGAUGACAUUUUACGUCCCUGGAAAAAUCUAACAUGAAAAAUUUGAAAAAACAGUUUAGCAGAUUUAAAUUGAUAACUUUUGGGGUUGUCUAAGAAUUUCCCAAAUCUUUUUAAAACUCAUCACAAAUAAUUUAGAACAGUAAGGUCCACCUACAGUAAUAGAAAAAAGUUACAUGGAAGUGAAGAAUGAAUUUAACAAUCUUGAGGUCCACCAAUCAAGUUUGUAAUGUAUCAAUUAUUCAAGACAGCUGAAUUUAAAUGAUGUAAAACAGUGCUUGUACAGAUUAAUAAAGAAUUUAAUCAAAACAAAUGGAGGGAUUUGAGUAGCCCUUAAAUCAUCAUUUUCUUGUAAAGUCUAAUGAAUAUGGUACACUCGUUGCUGUAGACCACAGAUAUGUGUCCUUAAAUGGAAAAAUUCAUUUGUGAUGAUUAAUCCAAAAUUGUAGUAUUUCUAACAUUGCCAAAAACUGUAUCCAGGCCCGUAAGCAGAUCUUAUCAGUCACUGGAGUGAAAACCACAGAUUCACAGUUGUGCGCUUCAAGAUGAUGCUUUUUGAUUUCGCUUACCAAGGUUCUCUGUUAAAUUUUCAUUGGCUUCUCAACAUGUCAUUGUGAAACUUCCCGGCUUCCUUUUGUGCGGUCUUUGGGAAACCCAGUGUGGAAGCGAGCCUUUUAGGCGUAUAAAUAUGCGCCGUCUUCAAUCCGUCCUGAGACGUUCUUCGCGCUGUGAAAGACGAAGACCACACAUCAUGCUCCGCAAGAGUGUCACUGAAAGCUUCGGAGCGGCCAUCUCGUGCCUGAGCGCCGCUGACCUGACGGACACCGUGGUCCGUCGCAGCAAGAGGAUGAUGCUGGACACGCUGGGGGUCGGGCUGCUGGGGACCAAAACAUCGGUGUUUCACAAGGCCUUGCAGUACAGCAUGAGAUACCAAGCUUUGGAGAACAGCCGUGUCUGGGGAAGACCAGGCCUAACUCUGCCCCCACAUCAUGCUUCCUUUGUCAAUGGAAUUGCGGUGCACUCCAUGGACUUCGACGACACCUGGCACCCGGCCACGCACCCCUCUGGAGCCGUGCUGCCCCCCCUGUUGGCCCUGGCAGAGACCAUGCCCAGGAGACCCUCCGGGCUCGAGCUGCUGCUGGCCUUCAACGUGGGCAUCGAGGUGCAGGGCCGACUCAUGAGGUUCUCCAAGGAGGCACGCAACAUUCCCAAGAGGUUCCACCCCCCCUCUGUGGUCGGGGUCAUGGGCAGCGCGGCCGCUACCGCUAGCCUCCUGGGCCUGACGCCGGGCCAGUGCGUGGAGUCUCUGGCCAUCGCGGCGUCCUCCGCCGGGGCCCCCAUGGCCAACGCCGCCACGCAGACCAAGCCGCUGCACAUCGGCAACGCCGCGCGCUGGGGCCUGGAGGCCUCGCAGCUCGCGCUCCUGGGUCUCCAAGGCAACCAGCAGAUCCUGGACAUGGAGUCGGGGUUCGGGGUCUUCUACCCGGACUACUCCCCGGAGCCGCUCGCCCACGGCGCCCCCUUCAGGUGGGUCCUGGAGGACCAGGAAGUGGCCGUCAAGCGCUUCCCCGCCCACCUGGGCAUGCACUGGGUGGCGGACGCGGCGGCGGCGGUGAGGGCGGAGCUCUUCUCCAGGAGGCCCGAGGCGGACCUGGGCCAGGUCAGGAGGGUGGUCCUGCGGGUACCUGAGUCCAGGUACAUCAACUGCCCCUUCCCCGCCACGGAGCACCAGGCCCGGCACUCCUUCCAGUUCAACGCCUGCACUGCCCUGCUGGACGGCCAGGUGACCGUGGGCUCCUUCAGCAGGCCCCAGCGGGACAGGCCGGCCCUGAAGGACCUCCUGCUCAAAGUGCAGCUGGAAAACCCCGAGGACAAUCCCGCAAACUUCAACAGCAUGUACUGCGAGGUGACUGUGGACACGGAGCAGGGAGAGAGCUUCACGGCGCGCUGCAACACCUUCUACGGCCACUGGAGGAAGCCUCUCACUCAGCAAGACCUCACCAAGAAGUUUGUGGGCAAUGCCUCUGCUGUGCUGCCCCUAGAGGCCGUGGAAGGAAUUGUCAGUGUGAUUGACAACAUCGAGAAAAUGCCGGACCUCUCACUGCUGGGGUCAUUGCUGCAAAUGAGCAACGUAGAAGAGUCGCCUGUGAGCGUGUCCCUGAUGAACUGAAUCCUCUGAAUGCCUUUCUGAGAAGCUUAUUCAAAGGUUGGUAUUUUAAUAUGUAUAUACAUACAGUAAUUAUAUGGGAGGGCCAGGAAAGGUCAGUUGCUGUUUAAAUGGUGUUAUUCACCAGAAGUGAUAGCUGUUCCCCUAAACCAGGGGUGUCUCAUCUUAUCCAAAAAGGGCCAGUGUAGGUGCAAGUUUUUGUUUUAGCUCAACACUAAGACACCUGAUUCUGCUUAUCAAGGUCCCGAUUGAAGACCGUGAGUUCACUAGUUGAAUCGGGUGUUGUGGUGCUGAGCUAGAACAGAAACCUGCUCCCACACCCACAGGCCGUUUCAGGUGAGACUGGACAUGCCUGUCCUGACCCAAGCAGAGGCCAGUGCCCGUGAGCAGCAGGACACUGUGCUGGAGUAGAUGCUGUCUUUCGUGUUCGAUGUGAAGCUGAGGUCCUGGGUAAUUGUGGUCAUGGCGUUUACCACAGAGGGCCGGAGAGCCGUUUCCCCGCGGUCCCCAAACUGCCCGUGUGAUCGGUCCUGUGGGUCCUCUUCAGCAGACUGUCUGCCCUCCUUCUGUGCCAGUCGCUUUAUUCAGACAGGGGAAAAGCAGAGAGCCCUACAGAUACAGUUAGAAAUAUAUCACAGAACAGGAAGUGCCUUAACAGGGGAUUGAACCACAGCCCUGCUGAAAUGUCCAGUUUAAAUCAGCCUAAACUGGUCAGGCUGGUUUAAACUCUGUUUAAACUGGUCUGCAUUGUCAGCUAGUCCACCAGUUGACCACCAGCUUAUUCUACGAGCUUAACCAGUUUAACCAGCUUUGAUCAGCUCUAUAAAUACAAUAUAAAUAUACAGAGCUCUAUAAAUUCAAUCAGUCAAACUUUAUUUAUAUAAAUAAUUUUUCAAAGAAUUUGUUACAGUACACUUCACAGUUUACCCUGGCCUAAACCCCCACAGAGUACAAGCCAGAGGGAACAGUGGCAAAGAUAAAAUCCCAGGAGGAUAUGUAGGAAGAAACCCUUUUGAGAAGCCAGAAAAACCAUUUUAUAGACAAAGUUUUUCAUGGGAAAAGUACCCUUUUCUUGAAGGACUAAGCUACGGGACUUGUAAGCAAUGACACUGACACUUAUAGAUGAAAUAAGGGCCCUUCAUAUGUUACACAAGCAUUAUGAAUCACCCGCAUUAUGUAAUUUUGUAUACAGUACACAGUUGGGAAAGAAACCAGACCGGUCUCUGCCCCAGUCGAGUUUGGUGGGACCUUCUGACAUUUGUGACAAAACUGUCUGGUUGUAUGUCCUAACCCUUAUGGCCACAUGAGGGCGCCAUCUCACCCUGUCCAUGACAUAAAACAGGAGCGGCCAUGUAUAUGCUGCAGAAUGAUUCCCUUGCAAAUGUUUUUUUUUUUUUUUUUUGCACUGACAAAAAUAAAACGUGAAUAUGAUUCUCUGCUACAAAAGUCUG